AUGAACGUCACUGAGCCUGUUCCAGCUAUGAUACAAAGAAAGAUCACACCCGCUGCACAUCUGCCAAUCAAACCACAAAGUGAACAAAAACAGAGAAAUAUCAAUGCAGCUAUAGUUCACUGGAAUGCCAAGCAAGGAUAUCUUUCUCAUCUUGGAUACCACAAUGGACGGAUCCUCAUUCACGAACCAGGCUUAUACUACAUCUAUGCCAAAACCUGUUUUCGAUUCUAUUACAACCUCGAUUCGAAUUCAGAAUCGGUUUCCGGGACCGACUCUAGCCUUGACAGUUUGCUUGAGGUUCAAACACUUCAAGGUGGAGUCCAGCUGUUUCAAUAUGUUUACAAUGAACGUUUGAUCCACAGUUCUCCUGUCAGGGUGGUAUUACUCAUGAGGAGUGGAAGCACACAGCGUUGGAACCAGGAUACUUAUCAUAUGUGUUGUCAGCAACAGGGUGGGGUUUUUGCCUUGAGAUCAGGUGAUGGACUGUAUGUCAAUGUAUCUAACUCCUGGAUGCUUGACCCAGAUGCUGAAGGCAGCUACUUUGGAACUUUCAGAAUAAGUGAAUGA